AUGCCACCACAGAUUUUGGAUUUCUGUUCCAUGCCACCAUUGGCCUGCCAGUAUGCAGCACAAAACAUGAGAAAAAACGUUUCCGUUUACAACGAUCCGAAAUCAGAGACAACUUUAAUGGGGAAAACAUUCUCCAAGACCUCUAACAAACGUAAGAUUGACACCAUUGACGUUGAUAAUGAUCAGAAAAGACCCCGAACUUCUGAGGUCCUAAUAUCACUUCAAAGCCAUGAUUUCAUCAAAACUUUGAACCACUCUGCUAUGAGUCACGUCAUCCUGGCGGCGGACCGGCAGUCGAUUUACUCUGAUCAUGUGGUAGACGGGUCUAGUUACCAUGGACUCCCGACCGUGACCGGGAAAAACAUGGUUCUUAUGGCCAUUUCGCCAGAAACGAUGUCUGCGGUACUGAAAGGCGACUACGACCAACAUAUUGAUCAUCUGACCGUCAUAGACUGCAGGUACCCGUACGAGUUUGAAGGAGGCCACAUCCGGGGUGCCAUUAAUCUCUACACAAACGACUCAAUCCGUAACUAUCUUAACGAGACAAUGACGUUAUCAGACAAGAAUCACGUGAUCAUCUUUCACUGCGAGUUCUCAUCAGAACGAGUCCCAAAAAUGUACAGCCAUCUUAGAUCACUGAAUCGAGACUUGAACAAUGAUUCAUAUCCACGACUGAAUUUCCCAGAGGUUUACCGUUUGGAAGGCGGAUACAAGGAGUUUUAUCACCAGUUCCAUGGCCAAUGCUUUCCUGAAAGCUACGUUCCGAUGUUGCACCCGGAGCACAUGGACGACUUGCGUCACUUCUGCGGCAGGUCCAAGUCGUGGGCGUGCAGGCGAAAAACACCGUCACAGUUCACGUUUAAGAAAAGAGUGGCAAUUCCCUAA